AUGGUUGAUGAAGUUGGUGAACGUAUUAUCACUGUUAAUCUAGGCAAGCGGAUUAUCGACCCCAAGUGCGGGAGAUUUUUUUCAGGCAGUGUGCCUGUCGGCAUAGAAGCUACAGAACAUUUACAGUUCAGUGUUGAUGAUUCCAUUUAUUAUAGCAUGCCGAUAACAAACUCAGCUGUAAUAACUGCUCUAACAGACAAAUUCUUUUCACCGAUAUCCUGUUAUCAUCAUCAUGAAACUAAUGUUCAUCCCUGCAGGCCUAAAAUUAAACAUUUCAAAGCUGUUAAUUCAUCUAUUCCUUAUAGUUCAAACACAGUACAAUUGUUACAGCCAACUUGUUGUCAUAUCCUUCUUUCAGGGGAUCGUUUUAAAUCUGUUAGUGUAGAUCACUUGGGAUGUUUAGACCAAGGAAUUUUAGAUGGUUCACACCAAACGGCUAAUCUGAGCCAACCAUUUAUAUCUUGUGAGCACCUGAAUUCUAUACUUCCAGACAAAGACAUUCCGACUGGAUCACGUUCAGCUGGCGACGGCCAAACAGACGAUGAAGAAUUAGAUGGUGCAAAUUGUUCAGUUUAUCCAGAAACUAUUCAAUCUAAAAACUAUCCAGUCAGUACAAAUUUAUCAAGUGAAGUGAAAUGUCAUUUAGGUGGGUAA